AUAGAUUAGUAUUAUUACAGAAUAGUGUAGUUAGUAUAAUAACCGUAUGAACAAUAAAAAUGUUAUCAUAAAUUUAUAUACAGUUUCUAUUUCAGUAUUUUUUUAAACCUCUAAUUAAAUAAUUGAGAGUGGAUCGUGAACAUUUUAUAGGUUUGUUCCGACACGGAAUUUGGGAUUAAUCGCCAACUGAUCCACGAUUGAUUUACAGAGCGAGUGCUGAUGUGGACUGAUCAUGGAUUUUGACCACUGUUGGAACACGUUUCUGACUGUCCACCACGAUUAAAGUACCUAUCUCAGUGUCAAAGAAAAUCAAACCAGAAAAAUAAAACAUGUCAGGUUGUAUAGCGGCGUUGGUUAUGAUUUUUGCGUAUUCAGCGACCUUCCAGUGGUCGCCGGCAGGUGCAGCGAACAUUCUGGCGGUGCAGCCGAUCCCGUGCAAGAGCCACUGGAACGUGAUGCGGGCCGUACUACGGGUGUUGACUGACCGUGGUCAUACCGUGACUGUGUUCACGCCGUUCGUGGAAGGUGACAGGGACGGCUACACGGAGGUGGACCUGUCCGAUCAAAUGGCACCGUUGCUCGGCUUAGAUGCGAAAUAUCUGAUCAAAAACUAUGGCCAAGCACGGAAGUCAAUUCCAAAAAUGUUGGACUUUACUCGGCGGAGUUGCGACAUGAUUUAUGGACAUGAACGGAUGGUGAAAAUCUUGGAGGGAUCAGGGACUCGGGAUUUCGACUUGGUAAUCACCGAACCGCUGGUGUCCGAGUGCGUAGCGUACGCUGCCACCGUGCUCCGCGUGCCCACGAUAUACGUCGUUCCAUUUCCAAUAGUCACGUAUUUGGAACGUCCGUUGACCGGGCACAUCUCGAAUCCGGCGACCGUUGGCCACGUAAUGUUCCACCGCGGAAACCCAAAAGCGUUCGGCGAACGUUUGGGCAACGUUCUGCUGACGGUGCACUGUUCCAUACUGAUAUGGUUCGCUGAGUGGCAGUAUCGGUGGGCCAACUCGCGACCGUUCGACACUGUGGACCUGAUCAAACCGUCGUUGAUUUUCACCAACUCCUAUUUCAUCACUGAAUCGGCACGGCCGCUAACACCGGACGUCGUCCAGAUCGGCGGCAUUCAUCUGGCUCCUAUUGAACCUAUACCAAAGGAAAUUUUAGAAUUCAUUGAUGACGCACCUCACGGGGUGAUUUGCAUCUCAUUCGGUUCUAUGGUUUUAAUGUCGUCGUUACCGAAAACCGUUCAGCGCGCUUUUCGAAAUGCUCUCGCACGGGUUCCGCAGAAGGUGUUGUGGAAAUACGAAGGCGACAUGAAAGAUAUACCGAAAAAUGUGAUGACUCGAAAAUGGUUUCCGCAACGUGACAUUCUUUCGCAUCCCAAUGUUAAAUUGUUUAUUAGUCAUGGAGGUAUAUCCGGAGUGUACGAAUCCGUGGAUGCUGGUGUACCUAUAAUUGGUUUUCCUUUUUACAACGACCAACCAAGAAAUAUUGAUAAUUUGGUCGAUGCCGGGAUGGCGAUCAGUAUGGAUAUUCUCUCUGUUACUGAAGAUGCGCUGUUAAACGCUAUUUUAGAGAUUGUUAACAACGAUAAGUACAAGAAAAAUGCUAAAAUCGCUUCCAGACGGUUUAAAGACCGACCCAUGUCACCAACAGAAUCUGUGGCUUACUGGACGGAGUAUGUUUUACGUCAUAAAGGAGCACCGCAUUUAAAAUCUCAAGCUCUUAGUCUGAAAUGGUAUCAAUAUUUUUUGAUUGAUGUAAUUUGUACGUUUUUGUUCAUUGCCUUUGUCGUCUCGUUCAUAAUUUACUAUAGCCUAAAAAUAAUUUUUAAACACUUUUAUACAAUUAUCUUUAGUGUCAAAAAUAAAUACGAAUAAAUAAAAUGAAAUUAAUUGGUUAUAAA